GGCUUGAUGUGUACAGUCAGGUGCGUCAAAAUUCCCCUCUAAAUAUUUUGUAAUUUUGCGUUGUAUAUUCGCGUCGGCCCCGGUGUGUAAGGACCUUAAAAAUUUAUUCUUUCUGUGUAUCUUUCUUUGAGCCUCUUGGGUAAGAAAAUGUAUCUCUGAGGACAAAACUUUACGAUCAGGGUUUUAGAGAUCCCUUUCUUUGACGAAAUCAAGUUGUAUGACCAUGACUGUGGUUGUCUUGUUGUAGUUUGUUAUUUUUUUUAUAUUUAUAUACAGGGGUGGUGAUGGGGGUUUCAGUUGCCCUGGACCCCCAAAGACUUUAAUCCGGCCCUGUCUGGCUUCUUUUUGGCCUGUGGGGGGGAAAGGUCACCAUGUGAACACUGCAGACCCUGAACAGUCAGUGUGUCUUGUAUAAUGCAGAAGUGCUGAAGCUCACAAUAACCUGAAAUAUUAUGUAACAAGUGGAGAGAUAUGACGCUUUUUCUCCUUCUUUGACGACGGGGAAAUCCUUCCAAAUAAACGUUUCACUGAGCGUGUAGCACAAGAUAAUAAAGGCACAAGUCAUCCUGAGACUGAUAAACAUGUGCCACCAUGACGUUGUUGCACUCCAGAUAGAGUUCCUUUAAAUGUCAGUUUGUUGGUUUGGUUCACCUUUCUCCACUCAAAGGUCCACACAGCAUUUCCCAACAUAUCUGUAACUGGUGACUUUUCCAUGAACUUGGAUUUAUGGAGCACAAUAAUCUUUCUGCACCUGAUGACUGCUGCAUGAACUUCUUCUAGCUACUGUUAAAGUCUCUUGGUGAAGAUUGUUACCAGCCUGAUACAAGAGGUGAAAGAGUUCUGCCAACUUUGAAACCACAAAGUUUAAAUCAUGUUUAUGCUUGUACCACAAAUAUAUUUGUGGGCUUUGUAAAUGACUUCUUUACAAGCGGCAGUUAGGAGGUAGAAGAUAAACUAGGGGUGGAAAUAUUUUUCCCUUGUAUUUAAGUUACAUGUCUGCACAUCAUUUAAAGUCAAGUAUAAGCAUUAAAAGCCAACUCUUGAAAAAUUACAUUCUUUUGACACCUUAAAUAACGCAUUUAUUUAAUCCGUUUUCAUACAGGUGCAUCUCAACAAAUUAGAAUAUAAUGAAAAGUUUAGGAUAAUCCACCAGUUAGUCAAAAAAGAUUAAGUUUAAUAUGUUUCAGCCCAACACUUAAAAGAGUGUAUAAAUAAACUGACAGUUGGACGUUUUAAUUAUUAAAGAAAUUUAAAUAAUCAGAAAUGCUAGAUGUCUAAUUUAAUGUGCCAAAAUCAUGAGAAUUAAAACAACAACAGAGUAGAAAUCUGAAAAAUAAAAUACAAAAAUAAAAAUACAAAAAAAAAACCAAUAUAAUUUUAAUCUCUAUUUGAUCUUUAUAUAACUUCUAGAGGUGUUACUUUAUUGUCAACAGGAAUAAUCCACCACUAAAAUCGUACUAAUCUGAUGUACUUUUGAUAAAGACUAAACCUUUUUUCAUCCUGAGGGGUUGCAGACCAAACUUUAUGGGUGGUCAAAUGUAAAAAUUCAGUUACUGUUUAAUAGGCGACAUUUAGAUAUAGCAUUUAGAUUUAGAUUUAUUUUUCAUACCUACAAAUACUUAACAAAUAAAAAGAACAUGCUGUUUUAUCUGAAUUUCAGUCUCAAAUGAAAGAAAAACGAGCUAAAUGUGAGAAAAAUUGGCUAAAUCUUCAUAAAAUGUUGCCUAUUUAACGGUGACUGAAUGUAUACAUUCGGUGCCCCAUAGAACAUUAAUAAAGCUAUCACCACACAACACUACACUGACAUCCUUCAGUUCAACUUCAUAUCCACUCAGGCACAACAUGGCCUAACUAAAUGACACAUUGAAAAGCACACGAAACAAAAUCAAACAAAAACCUUUCCACUUACCUCUUUACUUGUCAUCUUGCCGUCGUCUUCUGUGACUAGAUCGUAAAACACCGGUGCAUCAUAAUUAUCUUCUGUUGUGGCUUUUUUUUAAUGUGCAUUCCUUUUAUUUUCACGGUGCAAAACUUUUUUUUUGCAGUGGGCAAAAAAAAAAAGUUCCUUACUGUGUUUUUUUUUUUUUUUUUUUGCAUCGUUAACUUCCAUUGAGGCUUUUUUUUUCUGUGUCGUUUCUUUUUUUGCAGCGGGCUUCAGUUUCUUUUUUUAUUAGCAUUCUUUUAUUUUCACAGUAAGUAAGUCUUUUUUAACUUUUUUUUUAACUUUUCUUUGCAUCGUCAACUUCCUCUGAGCCUUUUUUUUUGUAACUGCACCAUUUCUUUUUUAUUUGCAGCAGGCUUCAGUUUAUUUUCUUUUUUCCCUUUUUUUUUUUUGCAUCAGUAACUUCCAUUGUGCCUUUUUUUUUUUUUUUUUUUUGCAUUUUUUUUUUUAUUUGCAGCAGUGGCGGUUCUCAGCCACCGUACUACCAACUCCAGGUUGUCUUAACAGGUUAAAGUAUGCAUAUUUUCCCACCGCGGUCUCCCCACUGUUGUGGUCCACGGUCUUCAGUUUUAGCAGCGUCUACAUGCCAUAAAAGAUUCCUAACCAGCCUCGAGCUAGUGCACGUGUGCGCGCGCAGGACAUUGCACACCUCCCCAUAAAUAGACGCCGGAGUGAGAGGGACUCCUGAGUGUAAACAAACACGAGCGUGACGGCCAAACCUCCUCCGGCUCGUUUUAGUAUUUUAAAGUGUUUUAUUAAUGGAGCCGGUCGAGCGUUUUCCUCCACAGAAGAGACGGACGAAACGGUGUCUUUUUCUGACUGUGGUCGCCGUCCUGCUGCUCAUUGUCAUUCUCGGUAUUGCGCUGGGAGUCGGACUCUACCGGAGUUCAGAAACAUUCAAGACAACAUUUAUGAACAGAUGUGAGAAGUUUGAAGGGUAAGCAGCAGUGGUGUUUCUUACUUCAAUAACCUGGAAGAUUUUAUCAGCACAAUCAGGAACAUGAUGCAAAGUCUUCCCAAAAACAGCUGAUCCUGACCACAUGGACCCUUUACUGUUCACCUGUUUUAGAGGGAUUAAUCAAUCAGCACAUCAGUCUAAUCAAUGAUCUUUGUCUGUUUAUUUUGAUGCUGAAUUUUUAUGUUUUAUGUGUUUAACAGUUACAGAUUUUCAAAAAUGUCAAAAAACAAAACUGAGCUGUUGGAUAAAUGUACUCAAGUUAAAAGUGUGUAUUUGCUAAUGAGAUUUUGUGAACUAGAAAUCUGAAGUUGUAUUAAAGGGAAAUACUCAAGGGAAGUGGACAUAACUUCCACUUCCACUAAGUAGAUAGACUGCAAGGUAAAUUUUUUAAUGAUGGAUUUUAAGCUGACAGGUGCUUCUGUUAUUUGAUUCAUUUUUUUAUUGGACACUAAAUCUCAUCAGCACUUAAACUGGUGGAGAUAGUUGUCAUUCCUGUGGGGUAAAUCAGUGUCCAAUGACGGGAGAGAGCUUCUUUAAAAUCACUGAAUUUUUUAUUUAAAUCAGUCAGGACUAGAGUGUCUGUGCUUAACUCUCGCAAACCUUUGCAAUCUUUGGAAGUAGAGUCCAAGUGAUUCAUCUAAUGUGAUGAAAAACCAGGGAUUGUGUGAUAAUGAGAGCUAUUCAGUGAGUAUCUCAGAAAUGCUUAGGUUAGAGUUCAGCCCAAGGCUCAGUCUGUGAGGCAGUCCAGUCAAUGAUUUAUGAGCUGGACUUCUGCAUUUUCAGCACAGUGUAAACGUCUAUUUCUUAACAACCUAAAGUACUUAACUUUGAUUAAUUACCCAGUCUGGGAAGUUGGAAUUAGAACAAACUGUGAAGACUGCUUUUUAACCAGGAUUUUUUCUUAUUUUAGGACAAAAGCAUUAAAGGCGUGGUUGACGAUCUGAGACGCUUUUAAAAAAAUGGAGAUUUGAAAAAAAAAACGUCCCACCCCCCACACUCAAACCUCUCUCCUCUGUGCUCCACGUUAACUCCCCACCAAACCUGUAUCGCCCUCCCCACGACACACCCCCUCAAGCAGAGCAAGAAGUCAGCCAGCAGAAGAUUUCACGCUAGCUUCAAAUAGGAUUCACCAUGUCGGAUAACUAGUGACUAGCAGCAGUAAACGCCAGCUCUGUUAGCUCUGCCUGGACAGCUACAGUGUUGACAUUUUAGAGACUAAUAAGAGUUAUUUAUAUAACAUGUCCCACGAUAAAAGGCGAUAAAAAUGACCUAUUCAACAAAAACUCUGCUGUCUCGGCGUCUGUUUUCAGGCCCAAAUCCUGAAGGAGCCUUCUCCAUCACUCGCAGGACGACCCAAUGUUUAUUCGAGCUAGAUUCUUGCUUGGUCACAUUUCCUCUUCGUCUCUGCCCUUUCUUCCGUCAGCUCGUGUUUUUUUAGCACUUUUGGCGGUGGGGCAAGCAGAAGCGUUUUUUUGCACCUUCUCCAUCGCAGCUCCUGUAGCUAAGCUGCUACGCUAUUUUUAGCCGCUCAGAGCUCAGAGGAGAGCCGGGAGAGUUGGGAGGGGACGAGUUGGAACUACGGGAGAGAGGAGUGUCAAAUACAGCGAGGUGAUUGGAUGGAGAGGCCGAGCAGGAGAUUGACCAAUCGGAGCUGUCCGGGACGGAUGGCUCCUAUUGGUCAAUGUUUUUGCAGCCCUGCACCUGCUUGGGUGAACGUUUUUUUUCUGUUCUUUUUUCUCUUCACUUUGUAGAGAUCGCACUAUAGGACCAUGAUCGCCAUUUAAAUGAGGUUCAUAAUAAUUACCAAUCUCUCAAAUCGUCAACCAUGCCUUUAACUUAAGUCUCCACCUCUCUGCUUCUUGUGAGCUCAACCAAAAGUUAGAUUAUUUCUAAUACAGUGAUCAUCGAUACAGUGGUGUCUCUUAUUUUUCAGAUCUGACUGUGAAAAGAUAUGGACUGCAUUCGAACAAGCCUAUUUAGGGAAAGACCCCUGUGAAGUCCCCAUGGAGGCCUAUGACCCUCUCAUUGCUGCAGCCCCCUUCGAACCUGCAUGCAACCGAGUAAAUAACAUUCAUCCCAUGCAUGACUUGUUUUUGCACAUUUACAUAAUUAGAGAUUUUAUCAUUUUAUGUUAACUGUUUUGAGCUUUCUUUGGUUUAGAUGAUGUUCUGGAGCAAAACUAAAGACGUGGCUCAUGAAUUCACUGCGAAAAAACAUUGUUUCACGACCCUGGAGGACACUCUGCUGGGAUCGGUGCUGAACGAUCUGACCUGGUGUGGAAAAGAGGGCAGCGGCGGUAAGAAAACACCAUUUAGAAAGCAGAGUAGCUGCAGCUGUUACACUCAAACAGAUGUCGUCCGGUCUGAAAAGGUGUUUUCAACAAUCCAGAACAGCAACUUAACACAUGUGCGCUGCAUGUUACUGCUGCUUGAAGUGGUGUAAGUACUGUCAAAUGCCAGAGGUGCUAUAUCUGUUACCUACAGUUACUUUGGCACAACAUCAAAUUACAGUAAGGCAAGUCAUGUCUUGUAUUUUCGAAUCCAUUAUCAGAGUGUUUUUUUUUUUCUUUUGCUCGCAGCAGUUGCUGGCUCAUGCUCUCUAAUAAUUAAAAAUAACACCCAAUAGGUCAUAUGUCAAAUAAGAUAGAAGGCCAUACUACCGAGCUGGUUUGGCAGUGUUCUUGUGCCAGAAGUUAUUAUGUGGUAAGGUGGGACCUAAGCCGUACAUAGAAGGCACUGCCUCCCUCACUCAACACCCCUGAUCAGGCUAAAAGAAGACAAAAUCCAACAAGACUCUUCUCCCUCUGCCAACAACAAACAACGAUCAUAUCUUGACAUAAAUAUAGGAAAUAAUCCUGGGACCUAUCUUUCAGGGAUAUUCUGGCGUAAAAUUAAUUUAGGGUCAAACACACCGUAACACCAAGUUAGACACCCCGUCGAGAGAUGAAUGUUGCUGACCGCUUGCUUCUCUAGUUAUACCAACUUUAGUAACGACCGCACAAUAGCAAUACACAGCAGUCUGACAAGCCUCAACCAAAACACCACUCUAUAGCCACAAAUAAUACUCAGAACAGCACCUAACUUCAUCAACAGGACAUAUAGGGUCCUAGCCAAAGCACUAGCCCCCAAACAUCUUUUUAACUUAACCUGAUUUCUUUAGCAAAGAGACUAAACACAACUCACCUACUCUCUUCCAGCAGCCACUUGUUUGUAGCAAGACCUCGUGCUAGUCCAUUACAGACUGCUGCGGGGUGACACAGCUCAAGGAAGAACAUUUAUGAUCAUUUCUUCUUGGAAAUGCAAUCAGACUGAGACGCUAAGGCAGAAGAACUACCGCGUCUGCAGUGCAAAAUUAUUCAUAUGGUGAUUAUUACUUCAAGGAAAUGAUAAAGAAAUGAUCAUAAAUGUUCUUCCUUGAGCUGCGGCACCCCGCUGUAGUCCAUAAUGGACUAGCACGAGGUCUUGCUAUAAACAAGCAGCUGCUGGAAGAGAGUAGGUGAGUUGUGUUUAGUGAGAAGCAAGAGAAGAAGAAGCAGUCAGCAAUAUUAAUCUCUCAACAAGGUGUCUAAAUUGCUGUUACGAUGUGUUUGACCCUAAAUUAAUUUUAUGCCAGAAUAUCCCUUUAAGGUUUCUUCUCUAAUGUGCUGAACUAAAACAUCAAAUGUCAAAUUAGUAUCAGUAUGUCUUCAAAAACUUUUUAUUUUUAUCAUUUUUUAGUUUUUUUUAAUAAGUUAACAUUACUUCUUUUCUGUGUUGCUGUGCUCAAGUUUCUCUUGUUUGUAAUUUAGUGAGUAACCAAGAGCAAAUUCUCAUUAAGUUCAUUAAAACGUGUAACAACUCAGAUUCGUCUGUGUUUUUGUUCCAGAAACCUUCACGUCUGGCUGCCCAAGAUGGAACGAUUGUGACAACAACACAGUGCGCUCAUUUUGGAACAGAGUCUCAGCCGCUGUAAGUAAUCAACAAGAACGCUCGACUUCAGUCAGAAGUAUUUCAGUCUGGGGAUCAAACUGCGGUCAAAAUAACAAACUUGGAGCAGGAGGUGAGGCAGAUCUGUCCCGGGCAGAUGAUGGAGAGGAGAAGAGAAAACUCGCUCGGCCUGGUCCGCCAUCAAUGAGGCUUUGUGCUGGUCUCCAUGGAGGCACAUUGUGUAGCUCUCUCCUGAGCGAGCAGGGGCGACCCACACAUUGAGAGGAGCCCUGCUCGGUCUGGCUGAGUUUUCUUCUGUCUAAGAAAUUCUAACAAAUAACGCUCUCUUUUAAAUAUUCGCCAAGUCACAGAGAAAAAGAAAACUCAGAUUCAAUCCACAAAGAGAGAAAAAAACAACCUGAGACAAAGUAGUUUGGCUGCAACAGAUUAAAACUGGCACCCAGGGAUGUGAUUUUACAUCGCAUUACAUAAGCAGGAGGCAAACACUGAGCGUCACACACACACACACACACACACACACACACACACACACCGUGGCUUUAUCAGAUCUGUAAUUAUAAAAAACUGCAGGUUUGACCAAAAAAGGUAAAGGGCUCUGUCUUACUGGGGCCUAAAAUGGGCACGACUGAUAAUUCAACAAUGAAAAAGCACAAAAUGUAAAAGUAAAAACAUAAAAGCUCAUAGUAAGAAACCUACAAACAAUCAUCUUUAGAAACAAGACAAUGAAAAAGCCUUAAAGACUUUGAUAUAUUAUCAGGAAUUUGAGUGAAAGUACUUCGAUGUCUGACUUGAUUUUGCAAAUUUCCUCUAAUAUAUAUGCAUUUUGAACUGAAAGAGGUGUUGUUUCACUUGAGAUGGUUUGACACUCAUAAUUCAUACUGCAAAAUCAAAUAAAUCUGUGUACUAGUAUAUGUUCGAAGUAGGAUACUACUUGUUAAGGGUUAAGUUAAAGUUCGUGGUGUUUCUUGUAAUUUCAGUUGAGCAGAAUGACUCGGUUGAAAUGUCAGGAAUGUGUUGCUGUUCACCUACUUGUUGUUUCCUGUGUGCGGAAUCAGGGAAAGUCCUUCAAACAGCCGGGUUUGUUUUUUAACACUGUAGGUUUUAAAUGGUUGUUUCAGCAGGAUAGGAUAUCUGGUUCAAAUUUAGAUUUUUUUUAAAAAUAUCUAUAAUGAGAAGGAAACACAACAGAUAAAGAGGAAAAUUUCACUGACUUUUAGCAGCUUCACUGAGAAAUGUUUACUGUGAUAAUGGAAACAUUUCCUGUCAAAAACAUACAGCAUGACCCUUUGAAAUUUUAGUGUUUUCAACUAAAAUCUGUUACUUCACUUUAACAUCAAUUUAGACAGAAAUCAAUCAAUAAAUCACUUUAUUUAUAAAGCACUUUUCAUACAUGGCUCAUAUCACAAAGUGCUGUACACAGGGGAUACAAAUUAAAAUACAAAAUAAAAUACAAACUGCAAAAACCCCACCCACCCUCCAAGCCCGAAUUUAACAGGACCUAGGAAAUGCUAUCUUAAACAAAAAUGGGGAAACACAAUAAAUCCAAGAAGAAGGAUUAUUCAACACUUGAAAAUAGACUCUCAGUUUAGCUCAUUGUAGUGGGUACGUAUGCAAUUCUGCAGGAAUCCCAAACAUCCACAGUUCAUCAUUAUUAAAGCCUGAACUCGACAAGAAACUGAACUUUCGGGUUAUAAGCAAACCGACUCAGGUCUGUGGUUUGAAUCUGAACCUCUUCCUUCUUGUUUGUAGUUUGCAGAAGUGGCCUGUGGUGAUACCACAGUCAUGCUCAACGGAUCUAUUGCAACGCCAUUCAGCCUGUACAGGUGAGAUACCCUGCAUUUAUAAAAUAAUGUGAUAACCAACUCAGCAGGAGAGCAAACUUUUUUAAAACUUAAAAAAGCAGUUUGUCUUUUGUGGUUUUCUUUUCUGCAGAGUCAUUAUUUGCCUCCAUCUGUGAGGUCAUGUUAGUUUAAUACAGUAAUCUCUUUUUUUUCUCUCCGUUUUGGUUCUACCAUUCAGAAAGAGUAAACAGGCUAAGACAGGUGCUGUCUUUUAAAUUUGCCUUGGCUGUAAACCAAACAAUCCAGCUGCACUUUAGUCAACCCUGCCGAGAUUUGCUCACAAUUAUUUUGAUGUCAAAUGUACUCAUGUGAAAAAAAUGAUUUGAUCUAUUUGAUAACAGGGGAAAUAAAGUAGGGGAGUGUCCAGGAAGUAACAUUUUCAGGUGAAAAAAAAUCACAAAUACGAAAAUAAAUAAUAACUUUUCAACUCCCUCGUCAUUAGUACAUUCUUCAUAUUGUAUCAGAGACAGUUAUGCAACAUAACCUUACAUAACUCUGCAUCUCUAAGAAAAUGGAUCACCAGAAUUUCUUUUUUUUCCCUUAUCAGUCAGCGAGCGUCUUUAUCUGAUAAUUCAGACCAACACCCUGUAUGCAUCAGUUCAGUCUGAGGUUACAGAGACGGCGACUGAUCGACUCAGUGUCACGGGGACAACUUCGAUAAAAACUCAGUUAUCUUGACGUUCAUAGAUCAUUUUCAUGUCAUUCAUUCAUGUUAUUUAGUGAUUUAUGAGUUAGCAUGUAUUGGUGGUGGGUGGAUUUAACAUAAAACUUACAUAUGAACUUACAUGUAUAAAUUAAAAUCGAUAUGAUUCUUCUUUUUUUUUAGUAUUUUUGGGAGCAUCGAGGUGAAGAGGUUCAACCCCGAGAAGAUGAGGAGUCUGAAUGUUGUUCUGGUCACACAACAGGAGAGAAAUACGUACGAUUUUCUCAAGACUUUUAUCUCCUCAGAAGCUGUUAUUUAUUAAAACACAAUAAAUGAAAAAGUACAGUCAAACUGUGAGUAACUAUGAUUUUUUUUUAACCCUUUCCAGGACAAAUUGUACAAAUCUAUCAUUAAAGGACCUACAGAAAGAGCUCAGAGAAGGCAUUAAAUACAACUGCAAAGAAGUGUCGGAGUAAGUAAAGCCUGACUAUUUGUGAGGUUGGUAUCAUGUAUUUAUGUUUUAGUCUGAAUAUAAUUUUAACUGUUUUUCUUUUUGCAGAUCUCAGAUCCAGGAAUGCAGCUCAAACCCGGAGACUCCCUGUGGAGCGUGUUGGUGAAAACACCCGAAUGAACGUCCAGUUAUUCUAACAAUCACCAGCUGCACUGAAUAUUUGUGUUGUGUAUUUCCUGUCAUGUAGUUUUGAAUUAAAUUAUACGCUUUUUGUACCUUUUGGCCAGUUUAACCUCAUGUGAAAUCUGUCUUUACAUGAUUGAUACUAUAUUUGUAACACAACAAUGCUUCUUUGUAUUCUAAGAUGGGAAGUUUUUGGCAUUAUUGGGGACAUUCAUACACUAUUGGGGAAUAUUCAUACGUACUGUAGGGUUAGUAAAAAACAGUGCUGCUAUCUAAUCAUGUUCAGCUAACAAUCUCAUUCAAUUGUAGAAUGAGAAUUUUUCUAAUAAAAUGUCAAAUUUGAUGGAAAUGUCUUGGGUUCAUUUUGAACAAUUUUUUGUAUGCUAUUGAAAAAAAGUCAUUUUUUAAGAAACUGAAUGGAUCAAAUGUCAUGAAUUUAAGACUAAUAUAAAUAAAGACAUUUUGAAAAAAA